AUGAUUGAAGUGACAGUGAACGAUCGAUUAGGCAAAAAAGUUCGCAUAAAAUGCAAUCCAUCUGAUACAAUUGGAGAUUUGAAGAAGUUGAUUGCUGCUCAAACUGGAACACGGUUAGUUUUUGUUUUUGAAAUUUUGCAACCGGCUUUGAUCACUUUUCAUCUGAAAAUAUAGAAAAGCUGAAGUUUUGAGCGAAAACGAGCUAAAAUUCGAGAUUUUUGGUCAAUUUUAAGGCCUGGAGAAUUGAAAACUGAAAUUUUAUUUUCAAUUUCAAAAAUUAUGUUUUCCUAUUCCCUUCCCACCUCUAAAAAGCCUGAAAUUUCCAACAAACCCAGUUUUUUUUCAUCAAAAAAUUAUAAUCCGAUAUGUAACGCUUCAUAAAAUACAUUUAUGGAAUAACAAAACACAUAAAUCCCAACAAACAACCCAAACAUACGUCGCAUGCCUGGGGUAACCGACCUGAGGGGGUUAUCAUUCUCCCCAGUUUUUGGAAGGGGAUGUCACUUGAGAAAAAUUUUUUUAAAAAAAUUCCUAAGCUUUGUACUCUAUCACUUAUUGGAAGUGAUCAAAAUUUCCACGAAUUUUGAUUCAAAAAUCGAUAAUUUCAAAAUGUUCAUCCAAAUUUUGAGAAUUUUGGUUUUGAUUUAUUGUCAUAAAAGGUAUGAAAUCGUGGUAGCAUUGAAAAAAUUGAUAAUAAAUUAUAUCAAAAUUUUGAAACGUAUUUUUUUGUUUUUGAAAAAAUAGAAUUUUUGAAUCAAAAUUUGACUCAAAAGCGGAGAAGAUGAGAAUAUUUUCCGAAUGAAGCAAUUUUGAGCUAAAAGUUUAUAAAAAAAUGUAGAUUGUCAAGUUUAUAUAGCUGAAAAUGAAAAAGGAAAAGGGGGUUAACCCUUUUGCCAGAAAUUUUCAAAAAUAGGGGUGUGCACUGGUUGAUUUGAAACGAGGGUAUGCGACGUAUGAACCCAAAAAUAAAUUCGAAUACAAUCUAUGUUGUUUUUUUCAGAUGGGAGAAAAUCGUGCUGAAAAAAUGGUACACAAUCUACAAAGAUCACAUCACUUUGAUGGACUACGAAAUUCACGAGGGUUUCAAUUUCGAAUUAUAUUAUCAAUAA